GCAAAAGUAGGAUUUUUCGUACUUGCAGUACUUCUACUAGUAGUACACCGUCCAGAGUGCAACGUCAAGACUGAAGCCAGGCGCUCUACUCCUCGGGUGGAUCCUCGACGACGAGUUUAUUCGCAACACAUCCUCGUCUCACUUGGGCAACCUCCUGCUCGGGGCAUCAACAAAAUCAAGCGGUUCUUUUCCUUUUGGCAAGUGCGAAACAAAGCGAGAACAAGUCGAUCUACUCUAGUGGUAGGAGCCUCCGUAACAGGAGCCACCCCACAUUGCAAGAUGGCUGCGCUUACUUUCACCGGUCAUCGCAGAGGGUUGAAGACAAUCGCCAGCUCUUCGCAUAUCUGCUCGCGUCAUGCGGCCGCAGUGGUUGCCGCGUUUGGUCUUUUGAUCAUCAGCGGCGGCCCCGGUAUAGCCGAAGCAAAGCUGGUUCUCAAGGCCACAAGCACAACGACCUUUGGAAAUGAUAAUCCCAAAUCGUCGCUUGUGGCCGGUCGGUCUGCUCCGUCGCCUUCCGAAGCACUUACAGUACUAGAUGCAGACCAAACGCGACGUGGAACAGAAUGCGAAGCAGGAACAGAAACUACUACACGUGCGUCUGCCCCUGCUCUGAUCGGAAGCACCAGCUGCCUUGCCUUUGCAGCACAGGAAGCGCAGCGAGACCACACCCAGCACCAGCACGUUGCGCCGGAGCUGCUUGGCACCGCGACCUCUUUGGCUCUGGCCCAGGAGCAGCAGCUUUCUCAUCAUGAUCUACUAGUACCGAAUGAAGAUCACAACCAUGAAGGCUCGUCUUUUCCCUCGGCCUCGUCUUCUGCUGCCCGACGGCACAGCACCUCUGGGGGCCCGGAGCUCUUUUCCAUUGCCACGCCGCGAGAAGUAGUAGAGGGCUCCAAGCAGGGGCAGGGCUGCACGGAGGAGAGCCGCAGCUGUGCCGUUGUUUAAGUACCUGUUAAUGUUCUGGACAACAAUUUUGCUGUUGAGGAAAAAGAAAGAGUCGAUUUUAUUUUAGGAACUUCUUCUGCAGGAGGCGACAUUGAUUUUACAAAGCGAAGUAAUUUUUACCGUCCACAUACACGUGGACGCACAAUAGACAAAUUUCAGCAACCUAGGUGAAGCCGACUUUAUCUACACUUGCCUGCGGUCUUCUUCACGCUGACUUUACGAAACGCACACAGAGACGACGACGAAAAUUGUCAUGGAAUGCGAUUUUGCCGCACCCGAAUAAGCGAAGUCUUUUGACUGUGAGGUGGUGAUAUAUGUUCCUAUUAUAUCAAUUGGAAAUUUCUUUGUCAAUUGGACGCUGCAGAACUUGAAACUGCAGACCGUAGCGCACCAGUAGCGUUUCAUCUUUAAUAGAAAGCACACCCUUUUUUUUUUCUUUGGAAAACGAAAAACAAGGGGACACAACGGGCACUAAUAAAACAGAUGCCGCAGUAGAUGAUAGAUUGUAAAACAAGAGGCGGGCCAUAGAUUCCUGGCACAAAGGUAGAUGAUAUUAUGCCAGGUCGUGGAAGAUUAAAUUUUCCAGCUUCGCUGAUUGGUUUCGGUUUGCCAGCGCCACGUCCGCGUAUCAUUGUUCUUUGGAAAAAAUUGAACCGACGACGAGAAGCAGAAUUGUUGUUGGACUUCGAUUGUUCUACUGGUUGUACCUGGGCUGAGUGCUGCAGGAAGUACUUAGUUUUAGC